GAGUCGAAAAUGGCGCGCUUUGCCUUGAAACUUUUGCUUUUGGCGCUCGGAAUAGCCAGGAUACAGGCCAUCACCAACUGCACCCUGCCGUUGAGUCGAGUCGGCGAGAAGGCGUACUAUGUGGAGAGCAAGGAGAAGCAAAACUGGUACGAUGCCAACGAGCGCUGCAUACGCGCCGGCCUGCAGCUGGCCACCGUCGACUCCGAGUACAAGUUCAACGAGCUGGCCGACUUCCUAAGCACCAUGGGCUAUCGGUCGGACUGGAUUUGGAUAGGAGGCAUUGGGCGCCAAGGCAGCUGGUUGCAGUUCGGACCCGCCCGUCCUCUGCCGUACGCCAAGUGGUAUAUCAGCCAGCCGGACAACUUGAACAGCGAGAACUGCAUGAACCUCUACCGCAUAGCAGAGCCUUGGUACAUGAACGACUAUUCUUGCCGCACCAAGUUGUCCUACAUCUGCGAGUACGACAGUACCAGGAUCUACACGAAUUAAAAAAUGUUUUGUAAA